GUGACUAUCAUUUGUACACUAAUUGCUAGUUAUAUACAAAUUAUUGUUUCGUUUUAUUUACCCAUUUGUGUGCGAAAUAUAUGCCAAACACUACUCGCAGGCCAUUGAAUAUCAUUAGUGAACACACAAGUAUUGGCCAUUCAUUUGAUGCAUUCAUUUGGCUAUUGAGUCCGAAGUACUUGUGUUGACACAUACCUCCCGAGGAAGGGAUCGCUUGUUAUUUAUUUUUGUGACAUUAUAGCCAUUGUAUCAGCGGAUCAGUUGCCGAGUAGAUAGCAGUGUGGGUGCGAUGGAAGCGAUCGCAAAGCAUGACUUCAACGCCACCGCCGAUGACGAGCUUAGCUUCAGGAGA